UCCCCAGAGACCGAAGGAAAGCUCUGCGGUUGCAUUUCAAUUUCUCGGUGUAAACCAGCAGAACCCUAAACCCUAGUCCAGUAACGUAGAAAUGUUACCUCUUUUCUUAAGUUUAAUCAGCGGUAUUCAUGGGUGAGCUCAAUGCAAACGGUCAGGAGAGCAAUUGUGAUCGGCAACGGCUUCGCCGGUGCAGAAAAUCAGUGUAUUGGCUUGGUUCGGGCUCUGGGGCUCUGCCACAAAUUCACUUUAUAUCGUGUUAGUCGGCCGAGAGGGGGAAUCAAUGACAGACUUCAUUGGUUGCCGGUUUCUGUUCAUAAAAAAUUAGAUCAUGCUGUUAAGUGGAUUCGCGAAAGGCGAUGCCUAGGGAAGAAGUUGGUGCCUCUUCCAGCUGAAGGAAAAGAUGUUUUGGAGGCAGAUGCAAGGCAUAUUGCGAAAGUCGCACGGGACACAUUUGAAAGGGAUGGCCCGAUCUUGGUGGUUGCCUCAGGUCGUGAUACUAUUGCUGUUGCAAGUUCCAUUAAGCAGUUAGUUCCAGAAAAUGUUUUUCUUGUUCAGAUACAACAUCCGCGCUCGCGUCUACACAGAUUUGAUCUGGUGAUAACACCUCGCCAUGAUUAUUACCCCUUAACGCCCGAGGCACAAAAACAAAUCCCUUUGUUCCUGAGAAGGUGGGUAACACCUCGAAAGCCUCCUGAUAAACAUGUGGUCCUUACAGUCGGCGCCCUUCACCAGGCUAAUUCUGUUGCUUUAAGAAAUGCCGCUUCUGCUUGGCGUGAUCAGAUGGCAAUUUUGCCUAAACCGUUACUUGUCGUUUCCGUUGGUGGGCCUACAAGGCAUUGCAGAUAUGGUAGAGAUCUAGCAACAGAGCUGACAGCCUUAUUGAGGAGUGUUCUCCCAACUUGUGGCAGCCUCAGAAUAUCAUUUUCUCGUCGAACCCCCAAGAUUGUGUCUGAAGUCCUUGUGACUGAACUCUCAAAUCAUCCCAAAGUCUACAUUUGGAAUGGUGAAGGUCCAAAUCCACACAUGGGACAUCUAGCUUUUGCAGAUGCUUUUGUUAUCACAGCUGAUUCAGUAAGUAUGUUGAGUGAGGCUUGCAGCACAGGGAAGCCUGUGUAUGUGAUUGGCGCUGAGCGGUGUACAUGGAAGUUUGCAUAUUUUCUCAAAUCCCUCCAGACUAGAGGUGCAAUUCGACCAUUCACUGGUGAAGAAAAUAUUUCUGAAAAUUGGCACUAUUCCCCACUAUGUGAUACUGAGAAGGCUGCCGAUGAAGUAAUCAAGGCACUUGAUGACCGCGGGUGGAGAUUGCAGCCACAAUGAGCUUUCCAGAUAAUGGCAUGGUAACGUUUGCUGUCAUUAUACCAGCAUCAUACUGAGUUGGUGAAAGCAAAUAUCUAAUCAAGAAACUCAAGAGGUGUAAACUGGUAUUAAGGGCUAAUAACCACAGCUAGGUGUAAUCACCAGAUCAAAUGAGAUGAAGCUGACAAGUUACUUUUCGCUGCACAUGGAUUUCUUGAGAAACUUCAGUUCAUUUUUGCAUGUUCUUGAUUGUUUAGGUUCUUUUGUAUCGGAUUGUCUCAUUUAUAUGAGGUUCAAUGAGUUUCGGGUGCAGUUAACAUUUUUCCUUC